AUGAUCAAUAAGGAAUUUACGACCAGUUUUCCAGGGAACGAGGGAAUUGAAACAUUGGAGAAUGAUAUCAUAAUAACAAACAAUUCUCUUGUCGUUACGGCAAAUGGAACGAUCGAAGCGAAAAAUUUUGUUUCCGCUCAGCUGUUUCACUGGCCGAGUCAUCGCAUCCCGGUGGUCAUCGAUCCUCAAGCACCGUACUCGAGGGCGCAACGUGCACUGAUUCUCGAUGCACUACGCCAGUAUCACCUCUACACCUGCAUCCGGUUCGUACCGCGAACCACCGAGAACGACUACAUAUUCAUCACCCAUAGCCCACAGAGAGGAUGCUCUUCUCACGUCGGAAGACAAGGAGGAAAACAGACGAUGUACUUGAAGAUUCCCGGUUGCGUGACCCUAAUUGGAACGACAAUCCACGAAAUACUGCAUAAUAUUGGAUUCUUUCACGAGCAUUCGCGACCAGACCGCGAUGCAAACGUUAAAAUUAUCUGGGAUGACAUUUUGCCAGGUUAUGCAGCAAAUUUCCAAACAUAUGCUCCAUGGACUGUGGAUACUCUCGGACAACCAUACGAUUACGAUUCGGUUAUGCACUAUUCCGCUGUGGCGUUCAGCAAAAACCGCGCAUCUUAUACAGUCUAUCCAUUCAACGCACGUCCUGACAGGCUGGGACAGCGUUUAAAACUGAGCGAAAUUGACAUUCGUAAGGUCAAUGUGGCAUACAGAUGUCCAGCGGUACAACAAAAUACGCUGCGCGAUGUCGGUGUGGAUAACAUUACUAACCUUGCGCGAAAGAAGACCGUGGUAUUUGUCGGCACACCGGCGAUUUGCAAUAGCGGAGGUCGCAUCGACGCUGUGCUGUGGAACGACGGAGAGUUGUUUUUAUUCAAAAAAGGAUAUUACUGGAUUUUUAAAGAAGCAGGGCUCGGACGGUUUGUGACGUCGUAUGUGAAACCACGCUCGACUGUCGAGCUGAGCGGUCCAGCGGUUCCGAAGCGCUUUGAUGCCGUGGUUUUCUUCGAGAAUAACUUCUACUUUUUUGAAAAUGGAACCACCUUCGUACUGCCAUCUUUGGAACCGGAUAUGAUCUCAGAUGCCGCACCCACUCUACAGUUUUUUGCCUUGCCCAACAUAACGGUCAAGGCUGUUUUUGAGUUCGAUAACCAGUUAUAUUUUUCGGACGGGUCGACCAUUUACCAAUACGAACGCACUAAUGAUGCAAUUUUGCAACGAUUUCACUUCACGCAGCAAUCCGGAUUGCCUCUUCAUCAUGAUCUAAUCGUCAAUGUUGCCGAUGGACGCCUGUUGAUAUUUCGAGGGAAUCAGAUCUAUCUAACAAAACGGCAUAUGCUUCUGGUGGAGAAUGGGUUUCCCAGGAGUUUCCAGUCGGCAUUUUGCUGACAGCCAAGCAGCUUGCCGCCUUUCAAAUUCAGUUUUAUUGUGUUUUACGUAAACCAUAUGGUAUUGUUAUGAUUAUGAUUAGAG